AUGGCCAAUGAGUCCCUGUACAGAUCGAGUAAGAACUUCACUCUCUGUAAUUGGAUUCAUGAUACUAAAUCAAAAUAUUUCUUCAUAUUAAUCAAUGUCUUGCAGCUUGCUAUAGCCCAGACGCCUGGUCAGGUACAGGGCCUUGCCAUCGACGGCAUUCAGCAGUGGGGAUUCAGCGCAUCAUGGCAAGAGCCACUGGACGGCAACACCCCAGUGCGUUACGAUGUAACCAUUGAGUUGACAAACCCUGUUAGAGAGGCUUAUGAGAUCAGUUUCGAACCGGCUGCUGAUGGAGUGUACGAGGUGGGCCAUCUCUACGAUGAUAGCACUUACAGUUUCAGCGUGGUAGCUGUUAACUCGGACGGCCAGGCGGGAGAAGCAGUUGUUGAGAGUAAUAUUGUUAUUCCACCAUGCCGCAUUUGCCUCGAUACGGCUGGACCUAACUUUUUCAGCUUCAACAUUGAACCCACGUUCAGUGAACCUAUUCGUUUCGUUGGACGAUCGGUGGAUGCGACAUCAAGCACCGUCUAUCCUGCCAGAAACCUCGCCGAUGGUAUUUCUUCAUUAUUUUACUUUCAGUCAAGCUCUCCACUUAUACCUGGUGUCCUCUAUGAAUUUGAAGUGCGCAGCGAGAGCGAUGAUGCACUUCUUGCAGCAUCACGAUAUAGAACAACUCCGUACCCUGUAAGGAACCUUCAGGUUGGCAUCACUGGACUAAGCGUGACCAUAGAGUAUGAACAGCCGACCCAAAUACGUGAAAAUAGCUUUGGGUACAGGAUCUCUUACAAUGACGCUCAGGGCAACCCAUUAGAGCGCCUUGUGGCGACGGAAGACACGUCCGUUGAAAUUACUGGUUUGGAAGUGGGAGUUUUGUACAGUUUUGAAGUGCAGUCGUACAGUGGAGAGUUUGGUGACCGGACGUACUCCACCAUUGAAUCACAAGACAUAAGCAUAGGUAAGUAUCUAUCGGCUUAAUCCUAUUUUAGUGUUUGGGUUUUAACUCUUAUUUGCAUAUAUACAUUAUGCUAGUCUUCACCUUUAAAGGUGAAGAUAAUAACAUAAAGUUGUUUAUUUAAAUACGUUAACACUUCAUAUUGACUGGAUAUUAUAAUUGCACAUGGAAACAAACACUCUUUAUUAUUAAGUUCUUUGUUUUAUUAAGUAAUGCAUCUAAACAUAUAUUGCCAUUUUAUCUGAUUUUAUUUUGUAUAUUUGUAAACCCCGACUAGUGAGGAGAGCUUCAUAACAGAAACUAGUUUUUCUUUUAGUCAUCCUCAGGCACUAGUCGGUGGUAAUUUAUUCCUCUUGUAUAUAUUCUUAUUGUCUUUUGCCUGGAAAUAAAAUAAAUAAAAUAAAAGGUGUACUCCAGAUUAAGAAUAGUCUUGUAAUGAUAAAAAGAGUGAAAUUAGCUAUUCAAAAUGAUGAAAAUUUCAUCAAAAUCUGAUUACAAAUACUACAGUUAAACAAUAUUUGUGAAAACAGUUAGGCACAAGAGAUUUAAUCCUCCUUGCGUGCGAACGGGCUCUGAACGGGGAUUCACGUUCAGAAUCUUACUGAAAUUGUGAGCGGAGAAGUCUAUUGAAUUUCAUUGUCUUCUCGCACAAAAGGAGUGUGCCACUGAACGGCAAAGCGAACGGUCGGAUUAUCAAUGAAUGAAUACAUGCGAACGUUCAGAUUAUCACAACGCUGGGCGCACACGCUGGACAAUAUUGUCGAGUAAGAAGGAUUGACCAAACUUCGCGCUUUUUGAAAUUAGACGAACAUAUACAACUUGUUAUUCAUAUUUAUAUUGAAAGUUAAUCAAUUUGACAUUCAGAAUAGAUUGUUGGCCUAUCAUUUCAAUUAAUUUCCCGAGUAUGAAGGGAUGUUGAAACUUUGAGUUUUUAAUUUUUACGAAUGGUAUUCUGGAUUUUUUUCAGUAACAUUCACAAUUAAAAACUAGGGACAAAUCGUUGGGCGAUCAUUUCAAAACAUUCCUCGAGUCUAAACGUAGCGGUUUCUUUAUUUUUUCGAUCGUAUUUUGGUAUUUCUUCGGUUACAUUCGCAAUUAAAAACUCAGGACAGAUCGUCGGGCGAUAAUUAAUUUGCAAGACAGUUCCAAGUAUUUAGUUCCGAAACCCGGGUCCGAAACGAAUCGGGUUUUUUUCUUUUUAUUCUUACAAACGCAUUCAAAUUUCUUGAGUAACAUUCAAACUCAAUCAAUGUAAAACGCAGGACAAAUCGUUGGGCGAUCGUUUCAUAGCAUUUCCCGAGUAUGAAUGGAUGUUUAAACUUUUCAUUUUCUUUCAUCUAUACGAACGUAUUCCGGCAUUUUUCAGUAACAUUCACAAUUUGAAACUCUGGAAUUUCCCCGAGUAUGAAGGGCUGUCUUAACUUCAGUUUUUUGUAUUUAUGUUUCCGAACGUAUUCUGGUAUGUUUCGGUUACAUUCAAAAGAAUGUGCGAUCAUUUUAAGACAUUUCCCGAGUAUGAUAGGCUGUCUAAACUAAAGAGUUUUUUUAAGUUUCCGAACGUAUUUUGUUAUUUUUCAGUUAAAAGUUAAUCCACAUUACUUUUUUAAUAGAACGUUUGACGCACAUUUCUAAACAUGUCCCGAGUAUAAAGGGAUGCCCAAACAGCAUUUUCUUUUAUGACGAUCUUACUACGGUAUUUAUAAAGUUAAAUUAAAAGUUAACAUAUUUGACAUUAAAAAUAGAACGUUUGACGCACAUUUCUUAACAUUUCCCGAGUAUAAAGGGAUUCUAAACUUUGCGUUUUUUUAUUUUUACGACCAUAUUCUGGUAUUUCCCCAAUUCUACAUUCACAGUCUAUUAUUCAGAACAGAUCGUUGGGUGGUCAUUUCCAAACAUUCCCGGGUAUAAAGGGAUGUCCAAACUGCAUUUUUUUGACAAACGUAUUCUUGUAUUUAUUUGAUUAAAUUAAAAGUUAAUCAACCUGACAUUUUGAAUGGAUCGUUUGAUUCAUAUUUCUGAACAUAUCCCGAGUAUAAAGGGAUGCCCAAACAGCAUUUUUUUAUGACGAUCGUACUACGGUAUUUAUAAAGUUGAAUUUAAAGUUAACAUAUUUGACAUUAAAAAUAGAACGUUUGACGCACAUUUAUGAACAUGUCCCAAGUAUAAAGGGAUUCUAAAGUUUGCGGUUUUUAAUUUUUACGACCAUAUUCUGGUAUUUCCCCAAUUCUACAUUCACAGUCUAUUAUUCAGAACAGAUCGUUGGGUGGUCAUUUCCAAACAUUUCCCGGGUAUAAAGGGAUGUCCAAACUGCAUUUUUUUGACGAACGUAUUCUUGUAUUUAUUUGAUUAAAUUAAAAGUUAAUCAACCUGACAUUUUGAAUGGAUCGUUUGAUUCAUAUUUCUGAACAUAUCCCGAGUAUAAAGGGAUGCCCAAACAGCAUUUUUUAAUGACGAUCGUACUACGGUAAUUAUAAAGUUAAAUUAAAAGUUAACAUAUUUGACAUUAAAAAUAGAUCGUUUGAUUCAUAUUUCUGAACAUGUCCCGAGUAUGAAGGGAUGCCCAAGCAGCAUUUUAUAUUUUUUGACGAACGUAUUCUUGUAUUUAUUUGAUUAAAUAAAAAGUUAAUCAACCUGACAUUUUGAAUUGAUCGUUUGAUUCAUAUUUCUGAACAUGUCCCGAGUAUUUCCUGGUAUAUCCUCAGUUACAUUAACAAUUUAAUGUCAAAAAAAGAUUGUUAGGCGGUCAUUUCUAAAUCUUUCCGGAGUAUAAAUUCGUACCAUGAUACCGCAUUCUUAGUACAGUAGUCCACUUUCAAUCACUUAACAUUUGUACAAUUUAUACUAAUCUGCUUUUCCCCUCUCAUAACUUUUUGGGUAUAUCUUCAAAUCUCUCUUAUACUUCAAUCCAUGAUCGCAUAUUUUCACUUCACACUGUUAAAAAUGAAGUGGUACUUUACCACUUAAAGUGCUUGCAUAGUAACUGCACUACAAGUACUGAUUGUAGUGCAGUCACUAUACAAGCACUGUAAGUGCUAAAUUAGCACUUCAUAUUUUUGUAGACCACUCUUCAUCCUUUUGUCAUAACUCUUGAUUAUCUAACUUCCAUUUCCCUUUUAUAUUUCCAAAUCACCACUCCCCCCUCACUCAGCUCUCUCUAAAACCCCCAAAGAAAAAUCUGUAAAAAAAAUGCUGUUAUACAAAUGAAUCGUGUACGUUAUCAAACUAUUAUUUAUUCCAAGAAUACAUUCCAUGGUAAAAUACAUUUACAUUCAACAAAUAUACGUAAUAAAUACAAACUUAACUCCACAGCAAGCAGAAGUGAAAAAUUGAUGAAAUAUGGCAAAUGAAGAAAUUUACUAUUACAAACCAAAAUAAACCUAAAUGCUCAUACACAACCAUAAACGAUAACAUUGAGUCUAACAAUGAGUCUAUGCCACAAACGAAUACUAAUGGCAGGUAACGAAACCAACGAAAACCAUCUGUUAAUGCACAUGCAUCGACCCAAAAUUGAUAAAGCAUUGC